AUGGGGAACCUCGUGGCGGAGGAUGAUCUGGCGACGGCGACGGCGACAGCGAAGCCCAGGGUUCUUUGCCUCCACGGCUUCCGGACCAGCGGGGAGAUAAUGAGGAAGCAGGUGCUGGAGAAGUGGCCGGAAGCCGUCACUUCACGGCUAGAUCUGGUAUUCGCCGACGCGCCAUUCCCGGCGGAGGGCAAGUCGGAUGUGGAGGGCAUCUUCGCUCCCCCCUACUACGAGUGGUUCCAGUUUGACAAGGUAACUAAUCUGUGGGUAAACCCUAAUUUAAAUCCGUCCAAUCUUCAGGAUUGCUUAAAAUUUCCUGUGGAUAUCGACGGAAUCAGGCGUUCAAGGAGUAUAGGAAUUUCGACGAGUGCCUGAAUUACAUUGAGGAGUUUAUGAUCCAGCACGGCCCUUUCGACGGGCUGAUGGGGUUCUCGCAGGUGCUCUACUCCUUCUCCAUUCUCUCCGUUCCAACUUGAUUUUUCUACUAUCUGAUAAGAUUCAGCGUUCUGGACUGGAAAAUGCCUCGAUUCUCUCACUGACUAAUGCUGAAAUUAAUUGGAGUUUGCAGGGGGCGAUCCUGUCGGCAGCACUUCCGGGAAUGCAAGCCAAGGUGAGAUAUGGAGCUCUCUAGAUUACGCCAGGGAGAUUAAGAAAUGGGGAUAGAAGAGGACUUAACGAGCGAGCUGAUGAAUCUGUAGGGGGUGGCGCUAACAAGAGUUCCGAAGUUGAAGUUCGUUAUGAUCAUCGGAGGUGCCAAGUUUGCCUCUCCGGUGGUGGCAGAGAUGGCCUACUCUGAAAAGAUCAGUUGCCCUUCCCUCCAUUUCCUAGGUUGGUAUUUAAGUUUCAACAAGGUUUUUUAAAUUUUAACUCCAAUUAAUGUAAUGGACGACCAUAUUUUCCAAAAUUCUUGCGGGAUUGUGUUGUCUUGGUUUCAAUCACCUCGAUCUAGAGAUAAUAUCCACCAGUAUCAAAGGUUUUCACCCUUCUUGUGAUUAAUCAAAUCUUCUAUGCCUUGAAUAGUCUUUCAUUGCUACAAUUUUCAAUGAUCAAUUAGAAGGUGUUUGAUAGUUGUGUUCUGCUGGGAUCUAAAUGUUUACUUUUUACCGUUAUGAUCUCUUUUGAUUGCCCAAGUAGAGAUAACUGCUAAGAGUCUAGUCUCCCUUUCUUCUUCUCCUCGGUUCUGCAGGCGAGUUGGACUUCCUGAGGCCCCAUGGGGAGGUCCUGCUGGAGUCAUACGAGGAGCCUGUGGUGAUCCACCAUCCCAAGGGCCACACAGUGCCCAGGCUCCGUAAGUAUUCCCCUCACAUAGUUCUUCUGAAAUAAUUUACAUGAACCUUGAUAUCAUGGGAUUAUUUAACCUGCCCUUAAUUUUAUGUGAUCUUGGCCAGUGGACGAGAAGAGCUUGGAGACAGCAAUGAGCUUCCUGCAGAGGAUCGAGCAAGUCGUAGUUGGAAGUGAUCUCUCUAUUGAGGGCAUAGAAGCAGCUUCAGCAGCUUGA